AAAUCCGUCGCCUUGGGAUUUGUUUUGAUGUUUUCGCAGUCGCUCUGUUUGCCAUUCCACUUAUUUCCCGCAGACAGCAAUUAUAUCUAUCACGCAUAGUAUUUACACCUUCCCAGGAAGCAUAGCAACGCACCGACAAUGGAGGACCCGGCGUCCUCUCCCUCCUCAAGCGCCUACCAACUCGAUUCCCCCUCCGCAAGCACUUUUCUUCGAACAGCCCAAACACUUGAGGGGCUCGCUAAACAGUUAGAAAACCUCAAGGAUGAAGUGGGCAAUGAUACAGAGGUGAUAUGCUGCUGUGGUGCAGUGAUUGAUGAAACACAGUGUGAGAUGGGCAAGGAGCGGAGAAGCAUCGAGGACAAGUUAAAGCUUAGUGGUGAAAUCGGAAGUGCUCUUCUGCAGCGCUGUGAGCUUCUGGAACGUAAAUAUCGGAAUGAAGUGGAACGGUUUCAUCAACAACUGGAGGUCAAGCGUACUGCGCUGGCAGAGAGUGUUAAAAGAGUGCAUAAUCUUGAAAAGGCGAAUAUGACUCAUAUGCAAAAGUACGCAGAGCAGUCUCGGAAAAUGGAAGUCGUCGAAAAGAGAUAUACCGAAGCCAUGCACACUCAGACACUCACUCAACAAACUCUUACCCACGUCAGGACGGAGCUCACGAAUCUGAGAAAUACCCAUGCUCGACAAACUGUGGCAUUAGCUUCAAGAGGCGGUGUAGAAGAGAAGUUGCUUGAGGCUGAAAAACGAUACGAAGAGGCUAGGGAUAUGGCGGAUGAGGAAUUGCGAAAAGGCAAAGAGGAGAAGAGAAAGAGGCUGAGGGCAGAGGCGAGAAUCGCGGAACUGGAGGAGCAGGUGAAUACUGCCCAUAAGGAAGCGGAGAAGAUAAGAGCAGACAGGGCUCAAGAUGCACAAGACCUUCUGGCGAAUGCCAAAGAGCGGCUGAAGAUGUUGCAUGAUGAAUUGUCUGAAACAUACAAUGGCAAAUCACCAUCCGAAACUCCCGAGUAUCAGCGCGUUCUUGAGGAUCUCGUCGCCAACAAUACACUUCUCAAACACGAUGCCUCGGAGCUUUCUGAUUCCCUUGCAGAAUCACGAGACGAGGUUCGCGUUCUUCGAGACGAAAUCGAGUCACUUCGAGCCUCAAUACCCUCCAGACUUGCGUCCCCUAUCGACCAUUACCCCCGUCUUGCGCAUGAGCUCAAUCCCCGGUUUUCCCACUCUCGUACCGAGUCGAGUCCUAUAAUGGGGUGGAACCAGCCACGGCUGAGUCCUUGGGAACAGCACCGAAAGUUAUCUACCGGAGUUGCAGGUCUGGGUAUGGGUCCCAUAGGUGAGACCGAAGGCAGUAUUACAUCAGACGACGUCAAGUCUGGACCUGUAUCUCCAAUUGUAGACAGUCCAAAGCAGGGUGUAAGGGCAUCUCCAGGUGCUGCUGUCGGUUACAUGUUGAACGGCGUGCCUAAGAGACCGGGGACAACAUCAAGAAGGGUUAGUGGAGACUCUAGGAUUAUGAGGAACUACGCCUCGCGCACGAUCGGCUCUAUCGAUGAGACUCUGCCUCGUCAAGAAGACCCUCCCAUCUCGCCGGGUUCUGACUACUUCCGCGCUGCCGAAAUUAGUCGUAAGCGCCGUUCACUCCGGCUCGCUCGACAGACGACUAUAUCCCCAAACGAGUUCUCCGAUUAUUCCCCCAACGCCAGCAAUACACUUGUUGACCAAUCUGUGUCGGCUGAUCUUCCUUCGCCAAUGUCAGAGACAGCAAAGCUUGACAAGAGAGCUGAGAGUCCGCAUGUGGCAAAGAAAAAACCAUUGCUGCUGUUGACAAAGUCUAUGGGAGUGCAAACAGACCAUACACCAGACGGCGAGGAAAGAGAGGAGAAGCAGCGGCAACGUCAAACAAAUGCAGUGUCGGGUUGGGCUAGCACUCCUAGAGAAACGUCCCCUACUCCUGGAAGUGAGAGCUUCCCCGGUACUCCAGGAACUCCCAACCCCGAAGAUGGACCUGCGAGCGCGUUGCUCGUUGUCGUAGAGCACAUGAGCCGGAUCUUGUCUAAACUUCGUGCUGCAGACGUACCUACCCUCAACAAACGUCUCAAGAAACAACACCUUGCCGGUGAUGUUGUGCAUCUUUCUCAGACAACAUUGCGUGCCUUACAACAAGAGAUUAAUGAAGUGCGUCACCACUUCCGAGGUGUACAUAACUUUGGAACUAUUGAUCCUAGAGAUUUCAAUCUUUUGCUAAGACUCAUGCGCGACGUGUUCAAUGACCUGGUCGAGCUUCAAGCAGUUGUCAAUGAUGUGACCAUCGCUCCUGCAGUAGCAAAGAAGUUGCAAAGAGCAGCGUACAAGGCGGAGGAAGAUGAAGCCGCCAAAGCAGGCAAUGUCGCUUCAGGCCUCGGCUGGAUCGCUGCACCUAUAACUAAGUUCUUCGUCACACCCGCUGAGAACACUGAGCAUGAUCCUAACGUCCCCAGUGGUCCGGGAGGACCCGGUGUGGGCCUUGACAAGGGCAGGUCGCCUGGUAUGCCCAGAAAGCCAGCGCCAAAACAGCAGGCAAUGGCAAGUGCUACGGCUACGCACGUGAGCGUCGAGUUUGGAGGGUCAGGAAUGGUAAGGCGUGUGGCACCGGCUCUAACUACACCCUCUGUUGCUAUAUCGUCCGUAUCCCCUGCCGAGAUACUGUCGAACCCUAGCGAAAUGGAACAAAGAACAGUGUCUGGCCCGGCCGCAAUAGGGAGGAAUGAGGAAGGGCUUGUUGCACCAACAGUGAGGACGUUAAGGAGUGUCAAAUCAAAAGCGAAUAGAAAUGAGCUGCUUGGGAUCUUUGCUGGCGCUCCGCCACGAGCGACAGCAUCUGGUGGCGAAGCAAACUGGAUGGUUGCCAAAGGUGUGGGUAGUGAAUCAAAACGGCUAAAUAAUCAGGCGUAUGACGACCACGCUAUCAAGGGAGGCCCGUCAGAACGCAAGAAGCUGUCGUCGGCCGUCGAUGCUGUCAUUGAUCAGUCAGCGGUAGAGGACGAUUAUGAUGUAGCAGUUGCAGGUAGCUACGAACCUCCUCUCCUUGAACGACAGUUACGACCACGAGGACUGUCGGAUAGCAGCAUCCGCUCAACAACCGUCAGCCUCGCCAAAGGAGCCAUUCAUGAGGCUACCAUGACAACUCCCAUACCCCGCGCCGCUGCCUAUGGGGCGACACUAUCAACAGGCUCUGUGUUUCAGACGCUCUCAAGAAGGUUUUAUAGCUUUCGCGCCCCGGAACUUGCCAGUGCCAACCCCGCCGAAGAGGGCAAUUCCGAUGUGAUAUCUACUCCUCCUAAACCUGCCACCAACACCAGCAACACUCCUUCUCCACCCCGCGCCAUCCUCCGCUCGCCAAGAGGUAACUCUCGCAACUCUUCAGUUUCCACAACCUCUUCUCUCACUCGCGACAGGCCUAAUUCUAGUACACCAACAUCUCGCAAGACAAUUACAUCGACUCCACUUGUAACUGCUAGUUCUUCCCAAACUCGAUUCUUUGGGUAUUUUGCCAGUUCGCUGGCAGCGGCUGGAGCUGAUGGGAUGAACGAAGGAAUGGAAGGGGAAGGAGAGCUUGUGGGAGGAAAUUUGAGGCAAGGGGAGAUGCUUGGGCAUGCCAGAGUUGACAGUGGGAAACAGAAAAGAGUUGUGUGAGGAACAGUGUAAAUAUGUCUCGGACUUUAUCACGAACGAUUUUUUGUUUAACGACUUAUUUACGCUCAUUCUGUUAUUGCAUAAUCAGAAGAUACCCAUUUGGUUGUUAUUUUAGCAUCACCUAUAGUCAGCACUUUUGAGUAACCGGUGGGCCGUUCUUUGCUGCUUCGCGGCUACAGCGUUCGCUAUUUGUUUUACCAUGCAAUUUUAUUCAUCGUAGGUACGUAUAUAACACAUAUUCUUCGUUUUUU